AGCCGAAGGAUGAAGUGGAGGAGGUGUCGGAUGAUGACGAGAAGGAGCCCGAGGUCGACUACCGGACAGUGACCGUCAACACCGAGCAGAAAGUGUCUGACUUCUAUGACAUCGAAGAGAGGCUAGGAUCUGGGAAAUUUGGACAGGUCUUCCGACUCGUAGAGAAGAAAACUGGAAAAAUCUGGGCAGGGAAGUUCUUCAAGGCGUACUGCAAAGAGAAGGAGAACAUCCGGCAGGAGAUUGGCAUCAUGAACUGCCUCCACCACCAGCUGGUGCAGUGCGUGGACGCCUUCGAGGAAAAGGCCAACAUCGUCAUGGUCCUUGAGAUAGUGUCAGGUGGCGAGCUGUUUGAGCGCAUCAUCGACGAGGACUUCGAGCUGACGGAGCGCGAGUGCAUCAAGUACAUGCGGCAGAUCUCGGAGGGGGUGGAGUACAUCCACAAGCAGGGCAUCGUCCACCUCGACCUCAAGCCUGAGAACAUCAUGUGCGUCAACAAGACGGGCACCAGGAUCAAGCUCAUCGACUUUGGCCUGGCCAGAAGGCUGGAGAACGCCGGGUCUCUGAAGGUCCUCUUCGGCACCCCGGAAUUCGUGGCACCUGAAGUGAUCAACUACGAGCCUAUCAGCUAUGCCACGGACAUGUGGAGCAUCGGCGUCAUCUGCUACAUCCUGGUCAGCGGCCUCUCCCCCUUCAUGGGUGACAAUGACAAUGAGACCUUAGCCAAUGUUACCUCAGCCACCUGGGACUUCGACGACGAGGCGUUUGAUGAGAUCUCCGACGACGCCAAGGAUUUCAUCAGCAACUUGCUGAAGAAGGACAUGAAAAACCGCCUGGACUGUACCCAGUGCCUCCAGCACCCGUGGCUAAUGAAGGAUACCAAGAACAUGGAGGCCAAGAAGCUCUCCAAGGACCGCAUGAAGAAGUACAUGGCAAGAAGAAAAUGGCAGAAAACGGGCAAUGCUGUGAGAGCCAUUGGAAGACUGUCCUCUAUGGCAAUGAUCUCAGGGCUCAGCGGCAGGAAAUCCUCCACGGGGUCACCCACCAGCCCACUCACCGCAGAGAGACUGGAAACCGAAGAAGAUGUCUCCCAAGCGUUCCUGGAGGCUGUGGCAGAGGAGAAGCCGCACGUGAAACCUUACUUCUCUAAGACCAUUCGUGACCUGGAGGUGGUGGAGGGCAGCGCCGCCAGAUUUGACUGCAAGAUCGAAGGAUACCCAGACCCCGAGGUCGUCUGGUUCAAAGACGACCAGUCAAUCAGGGAGUCUCGCCACUUCCAGAUAGACUACGACGAAGACGGGAACUGCUCUUUAAUUAUCAGCGACGUGUGCGGGGACGACGAUGCCAAGUACACCUGCAAGGCUGUCAACAGUCUUGGAGAAGCCACCUGCACGGCAGAGCUCAUUGUGGAAACCAUGGAGGAAGGAGAAGGAGAAGGGGAAGAGGAGGAAGAGGAGUGAAGCAAAGCCAGGGGGAAGCAGUUUGUAAGUCGUGUUACAAGGACUAACUCUCUAAAGCUCAGAAACUCAAGAUAGCAAAAGCACCUAGUGUGGCAGGGUCUCUAGGUAGGUCCCUUGGGGGCUGAUGGUUCGCCACAGCAGUUGAAACUCAGCAGCAUCGCUGAUGGGCAUUAAUCUGAAUUAGCUGGCACCUUAAGAUCCUGGUGCAGCGGGAUUUCAUUUAGGGAAAUUUCCAGUAACUUGCCUGGUGAAUUCAGUUCAGAGAGAAAGAGCUACUUACCUGGGCCCACCAUAAAUUCCCCAGCUGAACCCACUCGUGAAAAAUAAGGCCACAGUAAGGACUCUGGGCUCUGCAGCCCCAGUUCAGCCCAGAGGGGGCCUGGAGAUGGAAGGCCUCUUUCUCUCUCUCUGUCUCUCUCUCUUCCCCCAUCCCCGCACCCUCCCCCUGGACUGCAGACAGCUGGGUCUUCUCCAGGAACACCUCGCUUCAUUCUGAAAGCAGUUGAGCCAUUCUGAUUUACGAGGCACACUUCCUUCCAAAGUGUACUGCAGACAUCCAAACCUUGCUCCUCCCUCCCCUGGUCUACCUGCAGGCUUUCCUGGAUCUGAUCUUGUUGUGAAUUUAAGCACUAAGACCGUUAAUUGCACCUCCUAGAUUCUGAAAACAGGCCCCCUGCUCUCGGAUGACUCUGGCUUCCUUAGGAAAACUAAGAUAUCUUUUCUUCCUAAAUCAGUAGGAAUCUAAAGUUAUCCCCCUCUCUGCAAAUGUCUAGCAGCUUCAGACAUUUGGAUAAGAACUCACAGGGGAGAAAAAAUCCUUGCUCACGUGCUUUUCUCCUUGAACCGAGAUUCGUCCUUGUGCUGUUACAGACUGUCAGCUCUGUGUGUGUAGAAGAGAUUUCUGUGUUUGGAUGUAGGAAAAGCCAGUUGGCUGAAAAAUUAGUCUUCAUUAUUUAUUGGCCACUCUGAAACAGACUUCAACUGACAAAGAGCUAUAGGAGGCCACACAUUCUGGACUCUUUCAAGAUAGUCUGAGUUGAAUGCACCUGCAUUUCAACACUCUCCGAAAAGCUCAGCCUGCCUAUGGGUUCCACUCUCUUUUUCUUCUUAAGUGUAGAUCAGCUAUGCCUUGCCCCCAACCUUGAAAUGUAUCUUAGACCUCAUAAACGCACCGACUCUCGCAGCUUUAGGAAUUUUUAACUUUUCACGACAUUGGCACUUAAAUUUUUUUCUUUAUAAAUCCUUUUGAAGUUCAUGAACAAAGAACAUAAAUUGUUAUGCCUAAACAUUUCUUCUGUGUGUGUGUGUGUGUAACAUUCCAAAUAUUUUGUUUUCUUUUCCACUGUUUGUAAAGUGACACAUUUCAUAUUUCAAAGGACUUUUUCCUAGUUCCUCAAGAACCAAUUUGAAAUGAUUUCAGUGCAAUCCUACACAGUAUCAACAUUAGAAUCUUGAUAUUACUUAGUCUUAUGUUAUCUUCCAUUCUAUUUUUAUCUGCUUUUUGCUGCUAGUUUCAAGUUGCCAGUAUUUUUCCUUUUUUGCUUUUAAACAGUUAUAAUAUUUUUCAUAAUAGCCACAGUAUUGCCACAGUUUAUUAUAAUAAAGGGUUUUAAUUUGACUUAGAGCAAAGAUUUUUUUCGUCACUUAAUUAUGUUUAGCCUAUAACCUUCGUGUGCAUGUACGUUGCGUGUGUGUGCAGGUGUGACGUAUAUGCGUGUUUACAAGUUAAUGCCUUUUUGAAAUUGUGUUCCUGUUCCCUCCGUUUAUGAUGCCGUCAGAAUGGUAGAUGAGAACACUACAACCGUAGUCAGCUCACCGUUUUUAAAUAAAGGAUUACCACAGUG